AUGGCAACCUAUCGCCCAGUGAUUAUUCUCGCCCUGAUCUGGCUCAAGAUCUUUGGCAUUGCGACCAGCUUGACGACGGUCCAGGGUGUACCGUUUCCCGGUCUGAUAGAUGUGACUCUCGACGAAUUGGCCGAGGGCCUCGAAAACGGGCUCUUCACCAGUGUCGACCUUGUCAAUGCCUAUCUUGGCCGCAUCAAUCAAGUGAAUAGUACACUCAAUGUCGUGACCGAGGUGAACCCGGAUGCUCUAUCAAUUGCCGCCGACCUGGAUGCUUCGCGCGCCAACGGCACAAUCAAGGGUCCGCUCCACGGCAUUCCCAUCCUCAUCAAGAACAACAUCGCGACCGCCGACCAGAUGAAUAACACUGCGGGCUCAUGGGUCUUGCUAGGUGCCAAGGUUUCUCAAGAUAGCUUCAUGGCGAAGAAGCUUCGAGAGGCUGGUGCGAUUAUCCUCGGCAAGACCAACCUCAGCCAGUGGGCCAACUUUAGGAGCAACAAUACGAGCAACGGGUGGUCCGCGUACGGAGGUCAGGUCUAUGCUGCCUACUAUCCCCAGCAAGAUCCGAGUGGAAGUUCAAGUGGUAGUGGUGUGGCCUCAGAUCUUGGCCUCGCACUUGCGGCUCUGGGCACCGAGACCGAUGGUUCCAUUGUCUCGCCCUCUCAACGUAACAAUCUUGUCGGCAUCAAGCCAACCGUUGGCCUGACAUCCCGGCACCUGGUGAUACCGAUUAGUGAACAUCAAGAUACCAUCGGACCUAUGGCCCGCACCGUCAAGGAUGCCGCCUACAUCCUCCACGCUAUCGCCGGCGCAGACCCCAACGAUAACUACACGUCAGCGAUACCCAACAAUGGCGAGAUACCAGACUACCCAGCCGCUUGCGAUAUGUACGGUCUGCGAGGAACUCGCAUCGGGAUCCCUCGUAAUGCCAUCGAACUCUUCUCCGACAACACCACCGGGACUGAAACCGAUGCCUUUGAGGAGACCCUUGAGGUCUUCAAGGCGGCUGGUGCCGUCAUUGUCGACAAUGCCAACUUUACCGCCGCGGAGCAGCUAGCUACGUCAAACUCCGAAACCAUCGUCCUGAACGCAGACUUCAUCUCGAACUUGGCUUCCUAUCUCACUGACCUCACAGUCAACCCGAACAAUGUGAAGUCUCUGGCCGACGUCCGCAAAUUCACGCAAUCAUUCGCGCUCGAGGAUUACCCUGAUCGUAAUACGGGUGUCUGGGAUGAGGCUCUUGACGAGCAAGGGUUCAACAACACCGACCCGCGAUUCUGGGCCGCCUGGCAAGAGAGUGCGUUCCUUGGUGGCGAGGGCGGGCUAUUUGGAACACUGGAAAGGCACAAUCUCGACGCCGUCAUCUUGCCGACAAGCUUCUCUAGCACCUGGGCCGCUAUCGUCGGAGCACCCGUGAUUACCGUUCCCCUGGGUUUCUAUCCCGCGAAUGCCACGGUGAUCAAGAAUAGGAGGGGUAACCUCGUUGAUACUGGUCCCCAUGUCCCAUUUGGUAUCAGCUUCCUCGGCGCAAAGUUCUCCGAAGCAAAGCUCAUCAGCCUGGCCUAUGCUUAUGAGCAGAGGACCAAGACGAGGGACAAGAUCCAACCAUACAUCACGCCUAAUGUCGAGAUUGGUGACUUUGCUGGGUAUUAG